AUGCCAUUAUUUUCAAAAGAAAAUACUGCAGUAGAAAAAUCGACUGGUAUCGAGCAGAACUCGAAUCCACGACAAGAGAAAAAGAAGAGCAGUCGCCCGGAAGCCUCAGGUUGUGAGAUGGACAAAAAUGUUAAUCUAAGCGAUUCAAUGACACCUUUAUCUUCAGAACUAGAUUCUAUUUUCGAUUCACCUAAAAAAGGCUUCACUACGGAGACAACUAAGAAAAAAGAUCUUUUUGCAACAAAAACACAGUAG